CUAGGGACAACAGUGCACUACACUUCAGCAAUGUCCACUACCAGCUCAAUCGUUACUCUGUGCAUUUUCUGCGUUCUUUUCUUCAUCGUGUCUACAACCGCUGAAAGUAGAAACGACAAACCAAUAAUUGGUAUUUUGGCUCAGGAAACAUCGGUACCAAGUCACCAGGCUCUAGGAAAGUCCUAUAUUGCUGCAUCUUAUGUCAAAUUUCUGGAAUCAGCGGGAGCAAGGGUGGUGCCAAUAAGAAUCAACUUACCUGAAACGGAGUAUGAAAAACUUUUCAAAUCUAUAAAUGGUGUCUUAUUCCCUGGCGGUGGUGCCAACUUGACUUCAUCCGGUUAUGCUAGAUCUGCAAGCAUUUUCUACAAACUUGCCAUAAAGGCCAAUGAUGGAGGUGAUUACUUUCCUAUCUGGGCAACAUGUUUAGGAUUUGAGGAAUUAACAUAUCUCACCAGUGGGAAACUGCUCUUAUCUGCUACUAACACCACAAAUGUAGCCCUUCCACUGAAUUUUCAAAAAGAUGCCAAUAGCAGCAGGCUCUUCAAAGACUUCCCUGAAAACUUGCUGCAUGCUCUUGCCACAGAGCCAUUGACAGAGAACUCUCAUCGCUGGAGCUUGUCUGUUAAAAAAUUUAAAAAGAAUAACAAACUUCAACAGUUUUAUAGAAUUUUGACAACUAAUAAAGAUGGGAACCUGGAGUUCAUAUCAACAUUUGAAGCUUAUAAAUAUCCAAUAUAUGGGACCCAGUGGCAUCCAGAGAAGAAUCCAUAUGAAUGGGAAAAACCUGUCAUUCCACAUUCACCUACUGCAGUGAAGGCUACAUUUUAUGUGGCUGACUUUUUUGUAAAUGAAGCCAGAAAAAACUUUCACCACUUUACAACUGAAGUUGAAGAAUCAAAAGCACUGAUUUAUAACUACAGCCCUGUUUACACUGCAGGCAUCUCCAUUUUUGAACAAAUGUAUUUCUUUUCUUGACAUUGUUUUUAUAAAGCCUUAAAACUUUAUUGUUAAAAUUAUUGGCUGGUUUCGGCAUUUUGAAUGGUGUUGAUAAAAUAUGCACUUUUAGAUUAUUUUGAUUGCUUGAUGAAACCCAAAAUUCACUACUUGAUUUCUGCAAUGAACACUAUGUGACUUAUUUGUUUAAAUGCUUAAGAUUUAUAUAUUAUAAUAAAAAGUUCAAUCAGUUAAGUGUCCAGUUAGGUUGGAAUUGCCCUUUGAAAUCCAUAGUAGUUUUAUUAAACGUUUUACGUUUUCUAAUAAAACACGUUUAGUUAAAUUCAAGGAAUUUCACUGGUCAAUUGAAGAGGACAUUGAUGAUUCUAGCUGUACUAUAUGAUGGAUGCAAGCAGUACCCAACAACAAAAAAUGUUUUUCUGUUUUAUUUCGUCUUUUACAUGUUGGUACAAUUGCAGUUGGUUCUAAAUAAUGUGUAAAAUGUGCUCCCCAAUGAACAGAUGAAUCAUUGGUAGUCUCCUAAGGUGUAACCUGCUGCUGGCUUGGCAUUUAGGACUUUGCAUUGAUUGGAGAUGCUAUUUCAAAAACCUUUUACCAGCUUUAUUAAUAAAAUACUGUAAUUAUAUAAAAGGAAGCCAUUUUGUGGACUUUAAAGAUAUCUGUCAAAUUAUUCUUC